AGAAUUAACCGAGUGAAGUCGUCGACGGAACUAAGACCGUUACUCAAAUUAUGUGUCCUGAAAGUCGGGUUCUCCUCUCAGUUCAGUGAAAACUUUAAUCAUUGAUCCAUCAAAACACUUCCAGCAGGACGAUCUGAUGCGUGUCCCAAAAUUCCCAGUAUUAGAGAGAGCCAUUAAUGAUGGUGACGAAGAGGGUGCCAGGAGGGCCAUCGACAGGGGUGUGGACAUCCAUGUCAAUCCGCUUAGGGAUGCUCACAAGAAGACACUCUGCUUUCUGACUCAUGCGGCUGACCUGGGCCACGUCGGCCUGGUCACCCUGCUGAUAGAGAAGGGAAUUCCAGUGGACGGUGGCGGGACCUCCUCCCAAACACCUUUAAAUUGGGCGGCUAUCAAAGGCCAUAACGAGGUAGUGAGGGAGCUGAUAGAUAAAGGCGCCAACCUGGAAGCCAAAACCGAGGAAGGGAACACCGCUCUUCAUGUGGCAGCCGUCAAAGGUCAUGAGAGAUGUGUGGAGACGCUACUCCGUGCCGGCGCUGACCCUAACUCUCGUGACAACGAUGACAUGACACCACUACACCUCGCUGCCUUAAGUAACCACGAAGGUGUUGUCCGAGUGUUGCUGAAUCCAGUAGAGUGUGGCCCUCACGCAGUAGUGUGUGACCGUCACGCAGUAGACAAAUGUAAGAGCACAGCCCUACACAUAGCAGCUGCUACUGGAGCGCUGGAGGUGGCUGAGUACCUUGUGAUGGCCGGACUCGACACUCAGGCCAAGAACAUAAAGGGAUUCACACCUAUGGAGGAGGCGGAGGUGGCUGGCUGGCACCUUGUGCAGUGGUGGCUGAGGAAGCUGUCUCGUCCAGCUGAGAUCACCUCGCUGUCUGCCCAAGACCCAGCUGCUGAGACAACCACACUGUCUCCUCAAGACCCAGCUGCUGAGACAACCACACUGUCUCCUCAAGACCCAGCUGCUGAGACAACCACACUGUCUCCCCGAGACCCAGCUGCUGAGACAACCACACUGUCUGCCCAAGACCCAGCUGCUGAGACAACCACACUGUCUCCUCAAGACCCAGCUGCUGAGACAACCACACUGUCUCCUCAAGACACAGCUGCUGAGACAACCACACUGUCUCCUCAAGACCCAGCUGCUGAGACAACCACACUGUCUCCUCAAGACCCAGCUGCUGAGACAACCACACUGUCUCCUCAAGACCCAGCUGCUGAGACAACCACACUGUCUCCUCAAGACCCAGCUGCUGAGACAACCACACUGUCUCCCCGAGACCCAGCUGCUGAGAUACAGACGGUAGAGCGCGGGAGUUGGCGGCGCUGCGAGGAGGAAUACACCAUCUUAUUACAGUGGCUCGAUGACAAUCAACGUCAAUCGUUUAAGUCCAACAUCCCACAACAUAACGACGGCCACCACCAGGACGCCACUGGCAGGACGGUUCUGCACUGGGCGGCGGAGGUCGGCAGGGCAGAUGUGGUGAAUAUCUUGGUGAUGGAGUGCGGAGUGUACCAAAAUGUGCUGACCUGGGCGGGUGAGACUCCCGCUGACCUGGCGCAAGAGAAUCAUCACCGCGAGCUGCUGAAACUAGUAAAUAACAAGAUGGUCCUACGGGCAGGGCACAAGUAUAUGAAAACAAUCACAGAUGUUAAAGAGUCACCCGAAAACCUGUACGAAAAGCUGCUCAUCGUCAUCAGCCAGAGUGACGACGUCAAAGAAGCAGUAAAGCUGCUGCAGAAGGGGUCGCCGCUGGAGCCCGUGGGAGAAUGGUCGACCUCUGCCCUAGGCUCCGCCAUCACCAGUAACCGCCAUAGGAUCGUCAGAGCCCUGGUGGCAGCAGGGGCGCCGCUCACGACCACUUCCCACGGCCUCAACCUCCUGAAGCAGGCUUGGUGCACCCCAGACCUCACUCCUCUGGUGCGGGUCACCAUUACAAGGGUGUUCCUGUUCGUGAUGCAGUAUGAACGAGACAGAAUAAAAGAUCUGCCAGAACUUAUUGAAGGUGUUGAUGAACUCGUGUCUUGUCUCGGAGGUGAUACUCCCUGGCUAGCAAGCUGGGCCCGAGGACAGUCAGUGGAGACCUUGACACAGCUCAUGGUCCAGGCGGCUCGUGCCAACUGUAUCUUGACCUGCAGCUUCCUCUACCAGGCUGGAGCUCAAGCUUCCUGGAGUACGGAGUCCAGAGUGAGUCCUCUUCACGCUGCACUGGAGGCUCAGCACUGGAGGCUGGCGGAGCGGAUGGUGAAGGACAUGGGAGGCUGUCUGUAUGUCCCUGACUCCACAGGUCGCCUGCCCACAGCCAUCCUGCCUCCAGACUUACGCUGGACACUUGAGGAGAGUAUUUACAAGAUGGAAAGGAACCAACUGCAGGACUUGCAGGAGAAGAUGAAGAACAAGGCUGUCAAGAAACAGCUGCAGGAGGUCCUGAAAGUCCAGGCACGUCUUUAUGAUAUCUACCGGAAUGAUGAAAAGGAAACAACUGGAUUCAGCUCCGAAGAGCUGUCUGUAGGAUCCCAGGCUCUUCUGUUUGCCUCCCGAAGUGGACUUAAGCAGCUGAUAUACCUGCUGGUGAAGGUGGGAUGCCUGGCUGUAAACAUAACAGUGGAUCCCACCGGUGCCACCACUGCCCUCCACGAGGCGGGUUCUCGUGGCAAGUCUACUGUCAUCCUUCUCCUCCUGAGCCUCGGUGCCCAGCCGCAGAAGCCUGACAAGUAUGGCCAGACGCCUCUCCACUUCGCUGCAAUGUUUGGCCAUGAACACACUUUUGAACUUUUUGCUGAUUUUUUCAUGGAAAAUGAACAUUCCUGCAGGGCUGGGACAAACCCUCAAGAUGUUCACAGACAUUUCUUGGAACUUCUACAAGUGCACAUGAAAUGCCAACGGUUUGAUAUUCAUCAAGUAAACAACGACCAAACAGAAGCUACAAUGAAAAUUCUUCGUCAUCUUGACUUUGAAAAUUUGGAGAAAGAUACACAGAAGACAAUCGUAGAUUACACCAAAGGUGAAGCACAAGAGGUCAAGGAUGCUGUAAUAAAAGAGAUUAGCCAGAUUGCAGAAAACAUUUCAAAUGAAACUUACAAAGGAAGACUAGUACUGGUUGGGAGCUCUGCAGAUGGCACAAGGCUCUAUUACCCUGACGAGUUUGAUUUUAAUAUUUUCCUCGAGAAAGUUCCUGAUGUCACAGUUAAUAUUAUACAGCAAACACCGAAGAAUGUAUUAGCCAGUGGUCACAAGUUAAAGGUGGAGCUGAAGACAAAAAACUCAACUCUCCAAGGUAAUAACCUAAUAUCAGGUUUUUAUGAGAGCGUCCGUAACUGUCUCAAAAGCUAUACUUUGGUUAAUGAACAUCUAAGUCUGGUGCCACCUGGCUUGAUCAGGACACAGGUGGGUGUGGCACUGUCAUUGGCCUGGCAGGGCAGUGAAUAUCCCCUUCUGCUGAUCGGCGUUGAUUUAGUGCCAGUGCUGGUUGUGCCUUGGCCUGAGGAGAUAAUCAGACCUCCCCUCACACCCGACACCUUAAAAGUCAUCCACCUCAGCAACACAGAAGAUGGAGAUGGGUCAUACAUAUGCAGCUUUGCAGCAACAGAGGUGGCGGUGCUGCAGAAGCUGGAGCCCCAGGAGCGCCGGGUGUUUCUCUUCUGCAAGAUUCUCCUCUCCCGAAUGAAAGCUCAACCCUGGAUGCCCAGAGACAUGAAGAACACCUUUUACUGGUGGGACUCUCGCUAUUGGAAAGUCCCGACUCCUGAAGGAUUCUGUCUUAAAAAUUCUUUCUUGAAGCAAGUGGAGAAGAAGCGACAGAUGGGAAUUCAGUGGCAAGAAAAGGACACAAUGAGCUUGGUGAUAUCAGUGUUCAGGGAAAUGUGCAGGAAGGUUGAUAGUUCAUCAACAGAUCAUCAGAGUCUUAUGCCAGACAAAGUUAAUGCGUACUUUGGGGGGGAUUGUGCAAAACCCAAGGUAGGCGAAGGUGCUCCUGAAAUUGUUUACUUCCUCGAGAAAAAUCGUAAAAUAUCUCAAUAACCUGAAGUUGGUUACUUGGGAUUCUUCAAGAAGGAGACAUACAAGGAAGGGCAUCAGUAAGUUCAUCUCUGAUCCUUAGCAUUCAGAGAGAAGCAUUCAAGAAAGCUUUACCACAAUAAGAAACAUCCCAUACUAAACUGACCUGUCCAUCUGCAGCACCGCUCUCACACUUGACAGAGUCCAAUACAAGAGGCUGUUCGGGAAACUGGAACAUGCUGGAGGGGUGACAGGGAGACUUCUGACAUGGAUGAAAAUUUGUCUAGCUGACAGACAGAUGAGAGCGGUAAUCACAGACAAUAUAUCAGACUGGAGGAGUGUUACUAGCGGAGUACCACAGGAUUCAGUUCUUGCAUAAGUAAUGUUCAUCAUCUAUAUAAACGAUCUACCAGAAGGACUGCAGAAUUAUAUGGGAAUGUUUGCGGAUUAUGCUAAGAUACUUGGGAAGAUAGGAGACGCAGACGAUUGUAAUGCCCUUCAAAUCGAUCUAGAUAAAAUAAGUGCAUGGAGCGUCAAGUGGCAAAUUGAAUUCAAAGUGAAUAAAUGUCAUGUUAUGGAAUGUGGAAUCGG